AUGAAUGAAGAUGGUUAUGCCCCUAGUGCUAAAGAGGCUACUGAUUUAGUAACCAAGUUUGCAGAAAUUACAGGCACAGAUACAGCAUGUGCACAGUUCUACUUACAGGACAGGGACUGGGAUUUACAAAGAUCACUGGAUGCUUAUUUUGGAGCAAAAAAAUCUGGAGGAAUUUCUGUUCUUACAGAUGGAGAUGAACCACAGAUUAUUUUGAAUAUAAAUAAAGAUGUUGCUAGUCAAUUAGCUAAAUCUGAAGACGUCGCAAAAUUGCUCGAUACAGCCACAACAAAACCACCUUCCGAAUUCCGUAUGAUUUCAUGGAACAUCGACGGGCUUGAUGACCGUAAUUUGAAAAUGAGAACAAAGUCUGUGGUAAAGAUUAUACAGACUCACAACCCUGACGUUGUGUUUCUUCAGGAAGUUAUACCGAAAACAUUGGAUUAUUUGGAAAAUAAUCUUCCACAGUUCAAAUUUAUUCCAGGGAAUGUAGAUGGAUACUUCACUGUUACGAUGUUGAAUAUGUUCACGAUACACUAUGAUUCCCACGAAAUCAUUGAUUUCCCUGCAACGACCAUGGGUCGUAAUCUUCUUAAAGUGGAGGCGCAUAUGGGCCCCCUGAAGCUAAAACUUCUUAAUACUCACAUGGAGAGUACAGGGGAGCACGCUGAUGAGCGAAUAAAUCAACUGGACAUCAGUUUUCACGAACUGAGUAGAACCGACAAGUCUGUGAACGUAAUCAUGGGAGGCGAUUUGUAUGGCACGUUUUUUAUGGCACGUUUUUAGUGCCAUAUUUAGCACCUCAACCCAGCAACUCAAUCUCAACCUCAACCCAGCACCUAGCUAUUUUCCAGCGCUAUUUUCUGACAGGUGGCUGCCAGUCAGCUGAAUGGGCCCGGUUGUACAAUUAAAUAAUUAA